GCCCUCUCUCUGCCGGCCCCAAUAUUCGCCGCAUUAGCUCCUUCAUCGUUCCUCCUCGCCCACCUGACACAACCACAAUCCUCCACCAAGAAGCGCAAGCGUCCCAGCGUCCGACCGAAUGGCCGGUUGGCGACCGAGUCUCGCGUUCCCGUCAUCAACACCAACAGUCUCGCCCACGCGAAUGGCAGUGCUGUCGUCCGCCUUGGCGACACCGCGGUGGUCGCGGGAAUCAAAGGCGAGCUCCUGUAUGCGAAAGACAUUCCUAAUCCGCCUCCGAGCUCGAAGAGACUACGGGAAGUAGGCGGCUCGGCACCUCCAUUGGAUGAGGAUGACGAGGCGAAGUCGCUCGCAGAGCUAGGGCUCCUGGUGCCGAAUGUGGAACUCAGCACGGGAUCCCACCCGGCGCAUUUGCCUGGCACCGCACCCACUGCGCUGGCGCAGACGUUGGCGGAGCGGUUGCUGGAGACGCUUCAGGAGACACGAUUGGUGUCCCUGGAUCAAUUGGAGAUCUGGGGGAGUCGGUCGACGAUGGCUCGCGAUGAGGAAGAGAUGGACGUCGAUGCUAGCGAGGAGCAGAGGGACGACGAUGGCGACGAAACGGGCAAGGAAAGCAUCAUGGCGUACUGGGCGAUAUAUAUCGAUAUCCUCUUCAUUUCCCUGGAUGGGAAUGCGUUCGACGCGGCUUGGGGUGCGGUCAUGGCGGCGCUGAAAAACACGACGUUGCCGCAUGCAUGGUGGGAUGAAGAGAGGGAAAUGAUCCUUUGCGAUGCGGAUUUGGAGAGGUCGCGUUCGCUGACGCUCAGAGGUCUACCUGUAUCGGUCUCCUUUGGCAUCUUCGAUUCUACGGCCGAGCCGCGGAUGACGAACUCGACGGCGGGAGCGGAUGCGGCCGAGGCAAAUUUAGGGAGCGGGCGGUGGCUGCUUACGGAUUUGGAUGACUCCGAGGAGACAGCUUGUAAAGAGUCCAUCAGUGCGGUUGUGGAUGGUGCAUCCGGAGCCUUGCAGCUGAGGAAACUGCAAAAAGUUGGCGGUGGAGUGGCAGAUCUGGCGGUGAUGGAGGAAGUUUUGAAGCUGGCUGAACAGCGGUGGAAGGAGUGGAAGAGGAUCCUGUGA